AUGAUACAGACGCAGUUCAACAAGAAGGUCAAAUUUGUGCGACACGAUGGAGCCCGCGAGUUUGCGACGAACUCGCUUCAAGAUUUCUACGAAGUCGAAGGCAUCGAGCAACAAACCACGGUGCCAUACGCACAUCAAGCCAAUGGAACUGCUGAACGCGCGAUUCGAACUAUCGUCACCAUCGGUCGUAGCAUGCUCCAUCAUGCCAAGUUGGACAAGUGCUUCUGGGCUGAAGCGGCAAUGACGGCCGUCUAUGUGAAGAACCGUUUGCCGUCUCCCAAGAUUCCACACAAGACACCGUUCGAGAUUGUCUACAAUUCUAAGCCAAGUGUCAAGCACAUGCGCGUUUUUGGGUGCCAAGCAUACAUCUUGACCCCGAAGGAGAAACGACUCAAGUGGGAUCCCAAGACUCGUGCUGGAAUCUUUUUGGCUACGAAGAAGUAUCAAAAGCGUAUCGAGUUUACGGCAUCGAAGCGGGGCAGGUGA